AUGGAGUUAAAAGGUAAUAAUAGCGUAAAAAGCAAUCGCAUACGAAGUUCGAUAAAAUCGAAAAAAUCUUUUAUACCGAAAGUCGAAGUAGUUACAGAGAAUGUUUUUGUGCCGAUAACAAAGACCGUAUUUACAAAGAAAUGUGGUGAUGCAAUACAGUGUUUUUCCGUACCGAAGGUCAAACUUGUUAAGUUCUACCAAUGUAACAAUAGCACAAAAAUGUCGUUAUUAAAAAAACCGUGUCUUCAAGAGAAAAGAUAUGCAAACUCAAUUCCCUAUCCGAAGCAGAUCAAUGUAAUAAAUAAACACAAAGAAGUAAAGUUGUCAGGAAAAUCGCAUUCGAUUAAUGAAAAUUACAGUUUUAGUCAGAAAGAAAAUAUUCCUCGGCGAUCAGAGAAUAAAAAGCAGCAAAAAUUAAUAUUUCCUUCAUCGAUUUCUGACCUGCCUUUGCCUUCAUUCAAAUGUCAAUCUCCUUCGAUGGAUGAAAAUAUAACUAGAUCAAAUAAUUGGAAGAAGAAACAUAAAAUUAAUGAAAAAGAAACAAUUGACAGCAUUAAUCGUAUUUCGUCAAAUCUCCCAAAAACAUACUAUAAUGACACAAAAUUAAGUAGUAAUGAAAAAAUACAAAUAUCAGAAAAGAAUAUCUUGAACAAUUCAAUUAUGUUAAAUAAUACUUCAAAUAUUUCAAUUACAUUGCAUUCAGCAGCCAUAACAGCGAGUAGGAAGAAAGAAAAAGAUGAAAAACAAUCUAUUUUUUAUCCUUAUCGUGGAUCUGUUUUAAAUGAUAUUGAUAUAAGAGGAAUAAUUUCUAAUGAUGUUAUUAAUUGUGACGAAGAAUUAAAAUACCCAAUCAAACGUAUUGAAUCGAAACCUUUUAAUCAAAUUCAAUGUACCAUGUUUGAUUUUUCAACAUCAGAUAAUUUUUCAGAGACGAACAGGAAAGACACAAUAGAAACUACGCAUAAUAAAAUCUUGGCUACUAAUUUUCAUAAUCAAUCUCUGGAAAAUAUCAAUUGUUCAAUUCUAUCAUUUCUUACAAAGAAUCAGCCUCAAUACCAGGAUUGUGCAAAUUUGCAGAAAAAUAACCAUGUUUGCGGAAUAAAGUAUUCAUGGCAAGUCAUUGGAACAGGUUCCCAAACAUCAAAAACACUUCUGAACAAUUUAGUUGAAGAAAACAAUCUUCAUGAUGGCGAAUCAGUCUACAACUGUAGUGUUAAGUACUCUUGGCAAAUUAUUGGAAUCGCUACACAAACUUCUCAAACAGAUUUCACCAUUUCUGAAUGUCGAUUCUCUAUGUCAUUUUUAUCUGCAAGAACAAAUGUAAUUCGUCGUUUUGCUAAAGGAACUGUAUGCAAUUCACCCCCAGUUACAGUUUGGCGAAAGGGUAAAAGAUUUAUUGUAUUAAACAACCAAUAUACACAAACAUUUACUCAUAAAGAAUGUCAGACAAUUUUCACGGAACUCUACAAAAAACAUCACGAUUAAAAAUAUUGCUAAUUUGAUAUCAAAAUUAUUUUGAUAUCAAAAUUAUUGAUAGUACAAAUAAAAUAAA